CUAUAAAUGAGUAUGUAGCUGCAAGUUGUGGCGUUUCAAUGAGAAAUCUAUCCACCUAGGAGAAUGAACUACAUUUGUCUCUUCGUGCUUAUACUAUGCACAACCUUAAUAGUUCUUUCCGAAAAGUCGAAACCAUGUGCAAGAGGGUAUGAUUAUACAACAGCAAUGCGUAACGUAGGAGAAAUUGGUGAAGUAUGUGCUAUUUGUCGCAAGAAAUGGAUGGGGUUCGGACGAACAGACUGGAAAGAGGGUAUCUACGGCUGCAAGAAAAACAUGGAAUGCAUUAUAUGUGACACUGAUCCUGACCCUCGCUGCCGUGACCCGUCCGAGAAACUGUUAGAACGUCCAGACUGCGAGAAAAAGAUCGAAUUUUCUUUUACGCCACGACAAUAAUGUUAACAACAAUGCAUAUGAAGUAAGACAAUUCUUGUUGAAAAUAAAAAUAUUAGCAC